GGGUGCUGCGUAGGAUUUCAGGAGAGGGAGGGGCUUUUCGGUUGCUCAAUAUGGCUGCGCCCUGUGGAGAACAACAAGUGUAGAAGGUAAUAAAACGUAUUCAAUGCAUUUACCUCAGUGUUGUUUUACGCCGUGACAAAUAUUGUAGUCUAAAAUCUCUACUUUGUUGGUACAGAUUUGAAUUAAAAUAAAUAAUUCCCCGCAAAAUCCUUGAUGAACUAAUCGAGUUUGUCAGUACAGUAUUAGCUACUGGUAACAGUUAACAUUAGCUAGCCUACUAGCUAGCCUAGCUAUAGUUAGCUAACAUUUUGGGGCAGCGUUCAAUCAAGUUUGUGCCGUAACGUCAGCUGCCUUUCAUUAGCUAAUUCUUCUCGAUUCAUUGCAAUAUUUCUUUAGUAUGUUGCAAUGGUAAUAAUUUAGAAAUAUGUUGACACAAGUAGUGUGGCGGCUACUCAACUCCCCCCAACCAAUGUAACUAACGUUAGCUAGCAAGCUAGGAUUCACAGUUGGCUAACUAACCACACGCGCUCACUUCCACCAGGCAGGCACCACUGAUCACGAAUUUGGCAAUUGGCAUUCUUUCUGUUGUAGCUAAACAUUACAUAAAAAGGCAGACUUGGCAUAAUAACAAUUAUUGACAGUAACUAGAUGGUGGUCAAUGGUCAUAUGAUGUAAGUUAUGUUCCUAUUAAUAUUCUUGAUGUGUAUCUAACUGCACAGCUGUAUGAAUUAUUGGAUUUUUAGCUUGACCACAUUUUCUUUGGUGUCCACAGUGCCUGCCGUGGCCACCCCAUUACGACAGCACAGCAGGUUGCUGGCUGGCUUUAUCUUGAGAGGGGGGACAGUCUCAUAGGCAUCUGCCUUCCAGCAGCACCAUGGCAAAGGAGCAGCCGAAUGUGAGCGACCUCCUCCCGCUCCUGGAGUCGUCCGAUCUGCAUGAACUGGAUCAGAUUAAAAGUGUCCUCAAUGACCACCUCAGCACAGGUCAGAAAUCACAAUUCAGCAUUAUCCUCCCUCUCCCUACUAGUCACUCCACCAUGACAGGCUGAGGUUACUACAUACAAGUAGGGAGAGAAUAGGUCAGUGUUUGCAUGGUCCUCUGUAGGUCUCAAACUAUAGGUGACAUUCUGCCUUCUCUGGUGCUGAGCGAUAAUUUUUAUUUAUUCUGGAUUCUUAUUAGCUGCUGCCAAGGCAGCACUUGACUGUCCGAACUGUGUAAUGUAGUAGGGAGUUGUAGUUACCAACAGGCCAAUAUUCUACGUAGUUUAGCGCGGUAAUUAACUACAAUGACCAUAAUCCAUUUUGCGCCUACUUGUCGGGUCUGUGUGUUUCUUUUACGCCUGCUACGGAAGAGACAGAAGAAUGCGCAAUAGAGGGAGGGACAGAGAGCGGUUGCUUCGCAAGGUAUCUCUACCUAAAAAUAAAACAGGCCCUCAGUGUCUGGUCUGAAGCGUGAAGUCAAGUGCUCUGCUGGUCGGCUACUGCGUAGCAACCUAGCAGUGCCAAAAGCCCUGGUCUGCCUUAGAAAGCAUAUGUACAUUACGAUCGCCAGAAUGGUAAAAAAAGUAGUAAUCUAUGGCCAUUUUGGGCUCUAAAAUUAGUUUAUUAUGAAGUUUGAUCUCCUCUGUGAAUUAUUAAGUUAUUAAGUUUGCGACAAAUCAAGAUAUUUCAUUAAAUAGUGAUCAAUUCUGACUACUACAUUUGUCAUCACACAGGACCAUGUGCUGAGACAGACCAAUCACAGGCCGGCAGGCUACGAGGAAGCUUGCGCCCUCAUGCCAUAGACAUUAAGGUUGACUCUCUCAGGCAGGAUGAAACUGACUACAUCGACCAUGAUCCUUUGAUAAUUACGGCCACUUUCACCAUGAUCCUUAGCAGGGGUUUUUUGGGGGUGGGGGUGUCAUUCAGCCCAAUAAAACAAAUGUAAUAUACACAACAGCUGAAAUAUUAUAUUCCAGUAAAGUAAUGUGAAUAAAUGAUGGUUAAUAAGUGAUUUUACAUUUACAUUUUUAGUCAUUUAGCAGACGCUCUUAACCAGCGACUUACAGUUAGUGAAUACAUAUUUUUUUUAUACUGGCCCCCCGUGGGAAUCGAACCCACAACCCUGGCAUUGCAAACGCCAUGCUCUAUCAACUGAGCUACAUCCCUGCCGGCCAUUCCCUCCCCUACCCUGGACAACGCUGGGCCAAUUGUGCGCCGCCCAUGAGUCUCCCGGUCGCGGCCGGCUGCGACAGAGCCUGGAUUCGAACCAGGAUCACUAGUGGCACAGUUAGCACUGCGAUGCAGUGCCUUAGACCACUGCGCCACUCAGGAGCGCAAGUGAUGAGCAGUAAUGGUCAGUCACUGCCAUCAUGUGACUUUUAUUAAUUGUUUUGUUCUGUGUUACAGCAUUCAACCCACUUAAUGCAUAGUGCAUUUAAUGUUUAAAAAAAGAAUCGAAACUGAAAUUGAAAACUGACUACAAAAGCAUUCAUCGCUAGCACUAGCCUUCUCCCAGCAGUUUCCAGCGGUUAGCUUUGCCCACCACUGGCUCAUAUGAACUACGAUCCCGACAGUGUUAACGUUUAGAAAUGUCAGUAAUCAUCGCUUACGAUACGGCUUUUGAAACAUAUGGUCCUUAUCUUUCAUCAGCGAGAUAUAAUAAAGAUACACUUACUGAAGCAGUUUAGCACAGAUCCAUACAGCUAUGGGUGCCACCAUCCAACGAAACUACAAUUCUGCUACUUGCCGAGUUAUGCUUACACGCCUCUGUCUUCCGUCUGUUUUCCGUAAACAAGCACUGUAACAUGGAGAGAUGGCCGUGUGGGAACACUUACCCUAUAAAGGUGUGUAUCAAUUUAACCUUAAAAAAAUAUAUAUAUUUCUCACAUAUAUGAAAGAUAAGGUCCUUAUGCUUCCAAAACCGUACAGCAAGCGAUGCGUGUUAAAGUUCAGACCGAGCAUCGGGGCUCUUAACAAAACUCCCCCGUACAGGAGAUACCUUUGUCCAAUGACUUAUGUGUAAUGUAAUGGAACUGAGAGUCAUGAUCAAGGGCUGGGUCCUCUGUAGCUCAGUUGGUAGAACAUGGUGCUUGCAACGCCAGGAUGGUGGGUUCGAUUCCCGGGACCACCCAUACUUAAAAUAUAUGCACGCAUGACUGUCACUUUGGAUAAAAGCGUCUGCUAAAUGGCAUAUAUUAUUAGCAAAGAAUGAACAAAUAAACCAACAUCUAAUGUAUUGGCAGGAUCUCCCUCUAUGUCCUUGACAUUGUCUCCAGAGCCAUAUAUUGAGAUAAAUAAAUACAUGGCUAUUAUACAUAUAAUCAAUUCAAAAUACAUGGCUCUGGUUGUCUCUAGUCAUCAACAUGCUACAUACAUUGAAUGGUUGAUUCUUCCCUUGUGUUUGACAGAGCGAGGGUCUGUGCUGCUCAAUGGCCUUGUGGAUUACUACCUUGACACCAGCUCUCCACAGGCUAUACUCAUCCUCUGCUCUGUCAGGGAGCCUCAUGACAAGGUGAGCACUGUAGGGUAAAGUUGCCCCUAGGCUCUGAUCUUGGGUCAGUUUAGCAUUUUCCCCCACUAAUAGUUAGAAUAAGGGGGAGGGGAAGUUGAUCUCUGAUCUGUACUUAUGGGAAUCUUCACCCGUAGCACCAAUUGAGUUGCCUGGUCCCAGAUCGGUGUGCUGUCUUGCCAACUCCUAUGAUCAUUGGCACGAGUUGGCAGGACACCACAAACAGAACUGGGACCAGGCUACCAAUCCAGCCUCUGUGGAUAAAGUGUGGUUUACCACAGGGAUCUCAAAACAUAACAUUGUGCUCUGAAGAAUUGGAUCAUGGCUGUCUCACCACACAUCUUAAACAGAAUAAUUUAUUCAUUGACAAUAUCGCACGGAAGCCAUUGUUGACAACAUGUUGAAUUCCACGAGCAAUCGUUGAGUGUACACCAUAGCAAAAUGUUUUCCAGCGGAAAAAAUACUUUCUUAUUGGACAAGUUUAUGUUAGUCCCACUAUUUAGUCCCUUUUUCCCCCCUCCUGUUUGGUUCCUAGUGAAUACACCUUUGCACUGGAUAUGUUAACCUGUCUGUUGUCCCGCAGCACCUCCUGGACAAGCUGAACGAGUGCAUGGCCAAGCCGGCCUGUCGGCUGCCCACCCUAACCCUCCUGGGGCACGUCAUCCGCAAGCAGCCCCCCUGGAUGCACAAGAUAACCCGCUUCCCUCUGCUCACCGCCUUACUCAAAUGCCUUAAGGUACGUCAGUCAGCGCCUUGGUCAUAAGUAGUGCACUAUAUAGGGCACAGGAGGUUUGUGGCACCUUAAUUGGGGAGGACGGUCUCGUGGUAACGGCUGGCGCAGAAUCAGUGGAAUGGUAUCAAAUACAUCAAACACAUGGUUUCCGUAUGUUUGAUACCGUUCGCGCCGUUCCAGCCAUUAUUACGAGCCGUCCUCCCCUCAGCAGCCUCCACUGUUAUAGGGAAUAGGGUGCAAUGUGGGACACAGCCAUUGACUUUGCACUCUCUUUUUUUUGCACUUUCUAGACUGACUCUGAUGUGGUGGUGCUGAUAACUGGAGUCCUGGUGUUGAUCACACUGCUACCCAUGAUACCCCAUGCUGGGAAGCAGCACAUAUACGACUUCUUUGACAUCUUUGGCCGACUGUCGUCCUGGAGCCUGAAAAACCCAGGUGGUUUAACGUAGAUCAGUGUUGCCCACAUAGAAACACAAUUACUAGAAAGGGCGUAACCCAUCAGACCACAGCAAUUUGACACAGCAAAUCACACUUCUGGGACUACCAACCGUUUCACCUAUUUGAUCUAUUCCACCACUAGAUUCAGCUAUUCAUGGUUUUUGAUGAUUAGUUGACCAAUUGAAUCAGGUGUGUUAGUAAUGGGAUAGAUGAGAUGAGCGAAAUGGCUGGAGGUUGGAGGAACACCCUAAGAUCAAACCCAUAACCUGUCCCAUGGGAAUGAAAAUGAAUGGGAAGGAGGGGACAGUAGCUCUCUGAGUACUAUCUGAUAUAGGAUUUUCCCUUCAUUAAAUGUGUGGUGAAUUGUAGGUCACAGCCACACUAUUCAGUAGUACUACUACUAGAGAAACCAUGCUCAUCUAGCUACAGGACAGGAUCUAUUUCCUUGGAAUCUCCUUUGGUAAUUUCCUUGGAAUUGUGAAAUGUUGCAUAACCCCCUGUUCUCGCCCCACAACCCACCCUGUGGACCAUAGGGCAUGUGCACGGGGUAUAUCUGAUCCACCUCCAUGCCAGUGUGUACUCCCUCUUCCACCGGCUCUACGGCAUGUACCCCUGCAACUUUGUCUCCUACCUGCGCUCCCACUACAGUAUGAAGGAGAAUGUGGACACCUUUGAGGAAGUGGUGAAGGUAUUUUGUAUUUGUAUUUAUUAUGGAUCACCACACUUCCUGGUGUCCAGCAAAAUGAAGGCAGUUCAUACAAUUUUAAAAACAUUACAAUACAUUCACAGAUUUCAUAACACACUGUGUGCCCUCAGGCCCCUACUCCACCACUACCACAUAUCUACAGUACAAAACUCCAGGUGUACUCGUGUGUGUCUGCAUGUGUCUGCGUCUAUGUUUGUGUUGCUUCACAGUCCCCGCUGUUUUUUUAUGUUUUUUUAAAAAUCUAAUUUUACUACUUGCAUCAGUUACCUGAUGUGGAAUAGAGUUCCAUGUAGUCAUGGCUGUAUGUAGUACUGUGCGCCUCCCAUAGUCUGUUCGGGACUGUGAAGAGACCUCUGGUGGCAAGUCUUGUGGGGUAUGCAGGUGAGUACAACAGGACACGCCAUACUCACCCCAUGCUAGAGUCUGUGCACUACAUAAAUGUAUGUUGUGUGAAGAGAUGUCUCAUGAUCAUCUGUCUCACCAAUUUGCUCGUUUCUUAGCCGAUGUUGGAGCACGUGCGGAUACAUCCCGAAUUGGUCACUGGAACCAACGACUAUGAGCUGGACCCCUCCAGGUAAGCACUCAGAAAGUAGGAUUCCCAAAUGGCACCCUAUUCCCUAUAUAGUGCACUACUUUUGACCAGAGCCCGGGCCCUGGUCAAAAGUAGUGCUCUAUAUAGGGAAUAGGGUGCCAUUUGACACAACCAAAGACUCUUUCAACUAGUAAGGUCUGACCCGACAACAGCCAAGUUUACACUAAUAAUAAGGGGUCCUAUCAAACCCCUUGGCCAGGUGGAAGAGGUUUGAGAUCCACGACAUUGUGAUUGAAUGUGCAAAAGUGUCCCUGGACCCCAAGGAAGCGUCCUGUGAGGAGGGUUACUCCAGCAUGCCAGACCACGUCUUCAUCCACCAUCACCCCCACCUGCGGUCCGGUCUCGACUACACUGCCAGCCCCUACACCGACUUCCUCAGCAGCUUCGGUAAGAGCUCCGACACAUUCACUUUGAUUCAACACAAUCCCAAUAAAAUAUUACCAAUGUAGCACAGCUCUCUCCUUAGCCUGGUCCCAGGUCUGUUUGUGCCAAACAUGUUUGGCAUGACAAGGAGUUGACAUGAUGGCACAAACCGAAUUUGGACCAGGCUACAUUUACAUUUUAGUCAUUUAGCAGACGCUCUUAUCCAGAGCGACUUACAGGAGCAAUUAGGGUUAAGUGCCUUGCUCAAGGGCACAUCGACAGAUUUUUCACCUAGUCGGCUUGGGGAUUAGAACCAGCGACCUUUCGGUUACUGGCACAACGCUCUUAACCACUAAGCUACCUGCCGCCCCUGGCUACUCCGUCGUUGCUGUAUUUUGUUGGAAAGUCAUUUGUGAUAGAGUACUGCAGUUACAGGCUAGAACAGCAGUUUGGCGAUAUACCACUUGGUUCCUUAGUUGUAAGCCACACUUAACUUUUGUAUUUUUCUACCACACAGUGUCAAUGUUACUUCAGGGGGGGCGAAAGAGGUUUUGAGCUGUUCAUCAGCGUGCCUGUAUUUACAGGUUGUGUGUGUGUUAAUAUUCGAGGUGCGUAUUUUUCCCCCACACAGGUAGCUCUGCCUCUACCCCCUUAUCGGUUGGCCGACCACCUCUCUCCUUGUCCUUAACCCAGCUAUCAGGGACCCAGUCCUCCCUCUGCAGUCCCCACACCUCUUUCCAUCAGGUGGGUCACCGUUCUCCAAGCAAAAACACCCAUUAGCGAGAUUACAUUGAAAACCUUUGGUAAAUCUAAAGCUCUGAACAAAAAUAUAAACGCAACAUGCAACAAUUUCAAAGAUUUUACUGUUGUUACAGUUCAUAUGAGGAAAUCAGCCAAUUGAAAUAAAUUCAUUAGGCCCUAAUCUAUGGAUUUCACAUGACUGGGAAUACAGAUAUUCAUCUGUUGGUCACAGAUACCGUAAAAGAAAAUAGGCCUCAGGAUCUCGUCACGGUAUUUUUGUGCAUUCAAAUUCCCAUUGCUAAAAUGCAAUUGUGUUCGUUGUCCGUAGUUUAUGGCUGCCCAUACCAUAACCCCACCGCCACCAUGGGGCACUGCGGUUGUGAGGCCGUUUGGAUGUACUUCCAAAAUUCUCUAAAAUGACAUUGGAGGCAGCUUAUGGUAGAGAAAUUAACAUUGAAUUCUCUGGCAACAGCUCUGGUGGAUAUUCCUGCAGUCAGCAUGCCAAUUGCACGCUCCCUCAAAACUUGAGACAUCUGUGGCAUUGUCUUGUGUGACAACUGCACAUUUUAGAGUGGCCUUUUAUUGUCCUCAGCACAAUGUGAACCUGUGUAAUGAUCAUGCUGUUUAAUCAGCUUCUUGAUAUGCCACACCUGUCAGGUGGAUGGAUUAUCUUGGCAAAGGAUAAAUGGUCACUAACAGGGAUGUAAACAAAUGUAUCCACAAUUUGAGAGAAAUAAGCUUUUUGUGCAUAUGGAACAUUUCUGUGAUCUUUUUUUUUUCAGCUCAUGAAACAUGGGACCAGCACUUUACAUGAUGCGUUCAUAUUUUUGUUCAGUGUACCAAGUAUAUAACAUAAAACACUGAAGUUCCCACUGUGAAAAAUAAAGUUAUUCUACACAAUUGUAUUCUAUUCUGUAUUCCCAUUGAUUGUGAUUCACGUAAAUUCUCUUGAGACACAUGGCCCUCUUGUCCCUGUGCCUGUGUUUCCAGAACCAACACUGUGAAGUUUACCCUGCUGGGAAUAAAGUGUCGAUGUGGAGUCCGUCCUCGGAGUGUGGAAUGACCACACCUCCCACCUCGAGGGGCAUCUCCCCUGCCAAUGUCCCAGAGCUAUCCCAAAGUGCCUCCCAUGCCCCCAGCCGAACAGCCAGCACAUCAGGUCAUUUUUGUUCAUUUUUUUAUGUUAUGAUUUGACUUUAGUUUUUGCUGGUCAAAUACCAGCUGGGGAAAACAUAUGAAGAUCUAGUGAAAGUUAAGACGGGAGAAGAAAGAACAGUUGGUUUACUUUCCGGUGCUACGAAGAGUGUUUUUGAUGGACUGUCAUAAGAACUUUUCACUCAGUUGUGUGUUCUUGUUUCAUCACAGGUGGGAAAUGUCUCAGUCCUGCCCUGACUCUCUCCAAUGAGUUUGAGCAUGUUUGUUCAGCCCCCAACACAACCAACCAGGUAUAUACUGUAGCACACAAUUCUUACUACCAGAAUCUCUGUACCAGAACCCCUAAGCACUACUCCUAGAAGUUAAUUACCGAAGAUGUUCUUCAAUUAUUUAAUUGGCCAGUACAGAUCAUAGCAACGCAGUACAGAUCAUAGCUAUGAAAAGGGAAGUAUCUGCAGAGCCAGAGUGUACACUGACCACAAGCAGAGCUGAAAUGCCAUCUUCGGCAGAAGUGGCAAACUGAACUAAACUGAACUCUCUCUAAAAGUCACGCAAACGAAGCCGUCACUCCACCCGCAGAGUAGAGUUGGUUUGCUCCAGACUGUGUUGACUGUAUUUAUGUUAAGGUUGUACCGAGUGCUGUUUGUGCGCUGGUUGUGUGUGUGUGUGUGUGUGUUUGAAGCCACUGGUCCAUCUGUAGGACUUUUCAUCAGCUGAAUUUGUAUCUGUCCCGACAGCUGAAGCAGAAACCGAGCGGAGAGGCGGAUAGAGGCAACCCUGAGGUCAUCAGCAAAGGUCAGCGGCUUUGCUCAUCUCCGAAGAGGAGCAGAUUUCGCUCUGUCAUGAUUCAUUGCAGGCCCCGUGUAGCUCAGUUGGUAGAGCGUGGCGCUUGUAACGCCAGGGUUGUGGGUUCGUUUCCCAUGGGGGGCCAGUAUGAAAAUGUAUGCACUCACUAACUGUAAGUCGCUCUGGAUAAGAGCGUCUGCUAAAAUGACAAUUUUUUUUUUUUUUUAUUGCUUUUAAUAGGGCGAAUGUUAGCCCUUUACACUCGUACCAAUAUACGGGUUGAAAAUGGCAGAUUUGGACACCGAUAAGCACCUAAAUUGGAAUGCAGUGGCUGUACAGUAACAUGCUAUACAUGACGUCAGAGCUCAGUGGCAGUACAGUAACAUGAAUACAUGACGUCAGAGCUCAGUGGCAGUACAGUAACAUGCUAUACAUGACGUCAGAGCUCAGUGGCAGUACAGGAACAUGCUAUACAUGACGUCAGAGCUCAGUGGCAGUACAGUAACAUGCUAUACAUGACGUCAGAGCUCAGUGGCAGUACAGUAACAUGCUAUACAUGACGUCAGAGCUCAGUGGCAGUACAGUAACAUGCUAUACAUGACGUCAGAGCUCAGUGGCAGUAUAGUAACAUGCUAUACAUGACGUCAGAGCUCAGUGGCAGUACAGGAACAUGCUAUACAUGACGUCAGAGCUCAGUGGCAGUACAGGAACAUGCUAUACAUGACGUCAGAGCUCAGGGUCUCCGUUCUGAACUUGAGCACCCCUCCCACUAAUUGGGCAACUUUUGCAACUUUUGUGUUGUCUGAGUGAGGUAAAUGCUGUAAAUUACGAGGUCUCGAUGUAUUUUGAAAAGUAAGGUGAACUGUUGUCCUCACUUUCAGUCUAAUAAUUUUACCAUAAUCUCCAAACUGUUCCCUUUUAAUUGCUACAAUGGUUAUGCAUAUGCUUUUCAUAUUUCUUCUGUAAGAAACAUUUAAAUGUAGACCUAUCCAUAUAGGCCAAUUCCCACGAGUGUAAGGAGUUAAGAACAAAUGUCCUCUUCUUAUGAACGAUCGUUCACUAGACCAGAUUUCUUGCCUAUUUAUUAGGGCUGGCAAUUGCUAGGGACCUCAUGAUACGAUAUUAUCACAAUACUUAAGUGCCGAUACGAUGUGUAUUGGGAUUCGAUACUGCACUUUUUUUAUUUUUUAUUAAUUACUUUUUUUGUUACAAACAUAUUGCUCACAAUAUGUCUUCUGCAAAGAGAUUAGAGAGAGCAUGAGAAAAUGAGUUUUGAUCACUCGGAAAUAAGUGUUGUAAACAUGUUGGCUCACUAUUUAAAACGAUGUAGAACAAGCUAUAGGAUGAAGAAUACUGGAGCACUAGCUAAUGCUACCUACAGUAGCUAAACAUUUGUUAUUAUAUAUUAAGUUGGAGUCAAAUAUCAAUUUAAUAUUGUCAAAAUGAUAUUUUCCCCCCCAUCGCUACUAUUUAUUGCCUAACAUUACUUGUUAGUUCUGUUGACGUCGCCAAAGUACCUUUCCUCCCCCAAUUUUUUGGCUUUUUGUGGUGUAAAGAAAGGCAUGACCUGAGACCACUAUAGAAUAGAGGUGGUGUUGAUGGGACCUGGGUUGAAAUGGUAUUAACAGAACCUGGGUUGAAAUAGUAUUGGUUGUCUUUCGAAUAGUUUUUGUUUGAUUGAGCCUUUCUAGAGUACCCAGAUGGUCGGGGUUUGCACUUUUGCUACCUAUUCCAUUAGUUCCAUUGAGGCAAGUUCAAUGUAGCGCAGCUGAAGUAUUUGAAAGAAAACAAAUUCUAUUUGAACCCAGGUCUGGUGCUAAGCACUCUCUAUGCUCUGUCUUUGUCAGGUGCUGCUGGUGAGAGCGUGAAGACCAUGUCGUUGACCGAGCUGUCGGACUUCAUCAAAGAGCAGAAUCUGGACAGUCAGAGGAUGGAGAAGGAACGAGACGAGGGUGAACGGUUUUUCCCAAUUCAUGAAAUGGUGUAUGGUGAAGUUGCCCCUAUACCACUUGUCUUUGGUCAGUUAUGCAUUUUCCCCACUAGUGGUUAAGGUUAGGAUUGGGGGAGGGGAAGCUGAUCCUUGAUCUGUACCUAAGGGAAACAUCACACCAGAGCUCAUUAAAUCCCCCCCAAACCUACUACGGUAUUAAUAUCUUCCCAUGAAAACCACUUGUGUUCAGUCAGUCGGUGUGAAAGCAUUGAUUUGUUCCAUACGCUCUUCUCCCUGGUCAGAUGCCAUCACAGAGGAGCUCCUGAAGUUGACUGAGCAGAAGCACCAGGCAGCGGUGGGGGGGGCAGACCGCUCAUUCUACAGCACUACAGAGACACUGACUGGGCCUCAGGAGAAGGAGCUGCUCCUCACCGCCUCCAACCAGAGCCUAAACAAGGAGGCUCAGCGCCUGGACUCCACACCCGACAAGAGCGAGUGCUCGGCGGGGGGAGGAGACCAGCAGCUCCCCUGGUCCUUCCGGCCGUGCUUCACCCCCAUCGACAACCUGCUGACCGGCUUUAGCUCUUCUCGGAGCCCCUACGGGGCCGAGGAGGAGGGGGGCUCCGGUCUGGCCAAGUAUGGCCCGUUCUCCUCCCCCAGUACCUUCAGGGACCCUGCGAACCCCGUCUACGAGCCUCUGUUUGAGCUGGCCCUGCCCAGGGCCGCUUCUCUGUUUGUGGGGAGGAAGACAUCGGUGGCACUGGCACAGAGGGCAGCUGGCGACGGGGGGGAGAGGAACGCGAGCAGGGGGGAGGAGGAAGGGGACGAGACGGCGGCAAUGUCCCCGCUGGAGGUCCUGGAUCGCCUGAUUCAGCACGGCAACGAGGCCUACGACAAAGUGCUCAAGAGGUGAGAGGUCAUGCAUGGCUGGCUGAGUGUGUUUUGCUACUCUGUCCGUAUGGACAACGGACCCUUUAUGGAAGUCUGGGCGGGCAGGCCAAUUCCUACCAUAGAAUAGUACUCCAUCCAUGUUAAUGCUCUCUCGUGUGAGUUCACGAUUCACUGGUAGUGGGUUUGUCUGUACAUUGCUAUGAAGUGCUCAUGACUUGGCUGUGUGGUGUGCCGUACUGUAAUUAACAGCCAUGUCUGUUAUUGCCCCUUCAUUGUGAUCUCUCCUCACACUCCUCUGUACUGUGUGUGUGUGUUAUAGAUUGCCCAUGCCAAACACGUCAGUGGAUUGGACACACUUUGGAGGUAAACAACAGAGUAUGAAAGCGAAAAGGUAUUGCAAAAUAUAUUGCCACUACGCUAUGCUGGGGAAGAGGACGAGACCUCUAUCGUUUUUUCCUGUCUGCGCGCUCCAUCCUACCACAUCCAUCUCUCUAUUUUUCGGUUUAUGUGUCUUUUUUCUAGCAGGUUCCUACCUGUAUCUUUGUUUGAAAAGCUACAUAUCAGCUGUAAAAUAUGCAGUAGGGUGUGGUUGACCCUAAACGCUGAUCUUGGGUCAGUUUUGGAUUUAACCCACUAAUGGUUAAGGUUAGGAUUGGGAAAGGGGGAGCUGAUCAUAGAUCUGUACCUAGGGGAACUUCCAUGAGUGUGUGGCUCAACCUGUCCUUCUGUUUCUGUCCUCCAAUCACUCCAGUCUAAUAUUAAUUAGAUUGACCUAUUCAAUCCAAUGGAAUUUGGCUUACUAUGUUGAUCACAAUCUGAGAGCCACUGUAUCUCAUGGUUUCUUGCCCUUUGCUAUGGAGUCAAAAGUUCAAGGUUUUUUUGAGACAAUCUAUGCAUGCAGUGCUUAGGUUAAUGUUUAAAAUCUAUGCAAUAUACAGUACCAUUUUGUUUUGAUAUAUACUGAACAAAAUUAUAACACAACAUUCAACUAAUUUGAAUUACAUUUCAUAUAGGAAAAUCAGUCAAUUGAAAUAAAUAAAUUAGGCCCUAAUCUAUGGAUUUGACAUGACUGGGCAGGGGCACACCCACUGGGGAGCCAGGCCCAGCCAAUCCAAAUGAGUUCUUCCCCACAAAAAGGGCUUUAUUACAGAUAGAAAUACUCCUCAGUUUCAUCGGCUGUCCGGGUGGCUGGUCUCCACCGAUCCCACAGGUGAAGAAGCCGGAUGUGGAGGUCCUGGUCUGGUGUGGUUGUGAGGCCGGUUGGACAUACUGCCAAAUUCUCUAAAACGACGUUGGAGGCGGCUUAUGGUAGAGAAAUGAGCAUUAAAUUCUCUGGCAACAGCUCUGGUGGACAUUCUUGCAGUCAGCAUGCCAAUUGCACGCUCCCUCCAAAACUUUAGACAUCUGUGGCAUUAUGUUGUGUGGCAAAACUGCACAUUUUAGAGUGGCCUUUUAUUGUCCCCAGCACAAGGUGCACCUGUGUAAUGAUCAUGCUGUUUAAUCAGCUUCUUGAUAUGCCACACCUGUCAGGUGGUUGGAUUAUCUUGGCAAAGGAGAAAUGCUCACUAACUCAGAUGUAAACCAAUUUCUGCACAAAAGUUGGAAAGAAAUAAGGUUUUUGUGCGUAUGGAACAUUUCGGGGAUGUUUUAUUUAAGCUCAUGAAACAUGGGACCAACACUUUACAUGUUGUAUUUUAUAUUUUUGUUCAGUAUAAUUGUAAUAGUUUUAGAUACUACAGUACUAGUAUCUAGUUUUCUGUGGAGAUGAAUAACAUGGUCUUGAAGAAAUGAGUUGGUAAACAGUCAAACAUUUUUGCUCCUCUGUCCUCUCGACAGGCACCACGCCGCUGGAUGAGCUGAACACGCUGCGCAGUCAGGUGCUGCUGCUCCACAACCAGCUCCUGUACGAGCGCUACAAGAGAGAGCAGCACGCCAUUCGCAACCGCCGCCUGCUCCGCCGCAUCAUCAACGCCACCGCCAUGGAAGAGCAAAACAACUCAAUGGUUAAUUUAAAAACCUUGCACUCCAUGCCCAGUCAGAAGCCAUUGAAUCCCGAAUAGAACAUAACUUAUUUUUGGAAAUGAAAGCAUGCAUGUUGUUUACCAGGGUCGUAUUCAUUAGUGCACCCCGUAGCAAAAUGUUUUGCAGCGGAAAAAGACAAACGACCGCUUCAUAUUGGACAAGUUCAUAUUGGUGCCUAAUGAACAUGAGUAUGCGGUUCCUUAGGUUGAUGUGGGAGCGGUGGUUGACAUCUUUUUAUUACAUUUUUUUUAUGGCCUGCUUGUUUUUGUAUCUCAUUAAUUGGUUGUUUUACUGUAAAGUGUGUUGUGAUUUUAAAUGCAGAUGUUUGAUUUGGUUGCAGAAGGCCCAGCUGAAGCUGCAGGACGUGGAGAUCCAGUCUCUGCAGGCCAGCCUGGCGGAGGAGCAGCAGCGCUACAGGCGCCUGAAGGAGGACGGAGACACUGAGACGGCCUGCCUCCACAGUCAAUUCCAACAGCUACAACAGGGCCACGACCAGUACCUAACCAAGGCUCAGAAGCUGCAGGUACACAUGUGCACACACACACACACACACACAUAUAUAGUACACAGUAUCACUUUGACACAUGAGGGAAUGUAAUACAUUUAACCAAUCGUAUUUUUAUGAAUCAACCGCCUUAUAACCAGGACUUGCAUCUUUUCAGGAGAGGGUCUGUAUAUUUAUUUACUAAUGUCCAGGUGCCUCAUUUAUAACCGAAGCAUACAUUUUACACUAAAUAUCUACGUGCGCAAUUUCUGAAAAAACACAUGUUUCCCGUUACACAUGUUUCCCGUUAUAAAUCAGACCUGUCGUAAAACUGUGCAAGCGUGAACGAGCAUUAUAACUCUGCCUGAAAAACGCACAUCAUUCACCUUUUAUGGUGACAAUAACUCCCUGUAUAUGCCUUCUAUGGAAGUAUUGGAAUUGGGCCAAAACAGUAUCUAAAGGAUAGCCAUGGCAAACUUGAUCAAAUGUAUUUGGAGGUGUUGGCAGAAUGUUUUCUUUUGCAGGACAUUUGAUGUUUCCAUUUCUGAAAGACAAAAACAAUUGCAAAUUGUUGUGGACCAGUUAACAGAUCGUUUGAAUUCAAUAAUGUUUUGCAUUUACUUUUUCCCGAACCUAAAUAUGCUGCCCUGCCUGCGAAUUCUGAAACAUUGUUUACUUGGAAAACAAUGAAAACUACAGUAGACCUACUUACAGUGGUAGCCUACACACUUCAAUGCAAACGAUCAACUGUCUGUUCACCUGUUACAUUCUGCUGUAUGUUAUAAAGCGCACUCCCUUUCGGAUGCAUACAGCAACAACUUGAAAUUAUAAUAGCCUAUCUAAUAGGCCCAAUUAAAUGAGAGAUGGGACCGGGAAUGGUUAGCCUAACUUGUUGUAGGCCUAAAGGCUAUUUUGCAAGUGAGGAAUUUAUUCUGCAAUGGUCAUGGAAAUGAAAUAAAUAAUAGGAAAUAGAUGCCUAUUUCUAAUUAUUUUAAAAUGCUAAGAUAAACUAAAUCUAUCAACUUUUUCUACAUUUUGUUCUGUUAAAGACUGAAUUUAAAAUAGAUUACUGGCCUACACACAAAUACCCCAUAAUGUAAAAGUGGAAUUAUGUUUUUAGGAAUGUUCACUACUUUAAAUAAAAAUGAAAAGUGGAAAUGUCUUGAGUCAAUAAGUAUUCAGCCCCUUUGUUAUGGCAAGCCUAAAUAAGUUCAUAAUAAAAUGUGAUUAACAAGUCACGUAAUAAGUUGCAUGGACUCACUGUGUGCAAUAACUGUUGAACAUGCUUUUUGAAUAACUACCUCAUCUCUGUACCCCACAUAAACAAUUAUCUGUAAGGUCCCUCAGUCGAGCAGUGAAUUUUAAACACAGAUUCAACCACAAAGACCGGGGAGGUUUUCCAAUGCCUCGCAAAGAAGGGCACCUAUUGGUAAAUACAAUUUUAAAAAAGCACUCAUUGAACAUCCCUUUGAGCAUGGUGAAGUUUAUUAAUUACACUUUGGAUGGUGUACCAAUACACCUAGUCACUAAAAAGAUACAGGUGUCCUUCCUAACUCAGUUGCCCGAGAGGAAGAAAACCGGCCAAUGGUGACGUUAAAACAGUUUAAUGGCUGUGAUAGGAGACUUAUGAUUGAUCAACAACAUUGUAGUUACUCCACAAUACUAACCUAAUUGACAGUGAAAAGAAGGAAUCAUGGCCUUCUGAGUGGCGCAGCGGUCUAAGGCACUGUGUCACUACAGCCUGGGGUUCGAUCCCAGGCUGUGUCACAACCGGCCGUGACCGGGAGUCUCAUAGGGCGGUGCACAAUUGGCCCAGCGUCGUCCGGGUUAGGGGAGGGUUUGGCUGGGGGGCUUUACUUGGCUCAUCGCGCUCUAGUGAUUCCUUGUGGCGGGCCGGGCGCCUGCAGGCUGACUUAGGUCGUUAGUUGAACAGUGUUUCCUCCGACACACUGGUGCAGCUGGCUUCCGGGUUAAGCGAGUGGGUGUUAAGAAGCACGGCUUGGCGAGUCAUGUUUCGGAGGACGCAUGACUCGACCUUCGCCGAGCCCGUUGGGGAGUUGCAGCGAUGAGACAAGAUCGUAAUCACGAAAUAAAAAAAUUUAAAAAUAAUAAUGGAAUCCUGUACAGAAUAUGCAUCAUGUUUGCAACAAGGCACUAAAGUAAUACUACCAAAAAUGUGGUAAAGCAAUUAACUUUUUGUCCUGAAUACAAAGUAUUGUUUGGGGCAAAUCCAAUACAACACAUUACCGAGUACCACUUUUUAAGUUUUUUCAAGCAUAGUGGUGGCUGCAUCGUGUUAUGGGUAUGCUUGUAAUCGUUAAAGACUGGGGAAUUUUUCAGGAUGAAAACUAAACUGAAUCGAGCUAAGCACAGCCAAAAUUCUAGACGAUAACCUGGUUUAGUCUGCUUUCUACCAGACACUGGGAUUUGAAUUCACCUUUCAGCAGGACAAUAACCUAAAACACAAGGCCAAAUCUACACUGGAGUUGCUUACCAAGAAGACAGUAAAUGUUCCUGAGUGGCGAGUUACAGUUUUGACUUAAAUCUACUUGAAAAUCUAUGGCAAGACCUGACAUUUUUUGUCUAGCAAUGAUCAACAACCAAUUUGACAGAGCUUGAAGAAUUUUGAAAAGAAUAAUGGGUAAAUGUUGCACAAUCCAGGUGUGGAAAGCGCUUAGAGACUUACCCAGAAAGACUCACAGCUGUAAUCGCUGACAAAGGUGCUUCUACAAAGUAUUGAGUCAGGGGUGUGAAUACUUAUGUAAAUGAGAAUUCUGUAUUUCAUUUUCAAUACAUUGGCAAAAAUUUAUAAAAACAUGUUUUCACUUUGUCAUUAUGGGUUAUUGUGCUUAGAUGGGUGAGAGAUCAAUUUAAUCAAUUUGGAAUUCAGGCUGUAACAACAAAAUGUGGAAUGAGUCAAGGGGUGUGAAUACACACUGCUCAAAAAAUAAGGGAACACUUAAACAACACAAUGUAACUCCAAGUCAAUCACACUUCUGUGAAAUCAAACUGUCCACUUAGGAGCAACACUGAUGACAAUAAAUUUCACAUGCUGUUGUGCAAAUGGAAUAGACAACAGGUGGAAAUUCUAGGCAAUUAGCAAGACACCCCCCAAUAAGGAGUGGUUCUGCAGGUGGUGACCACUGUUGUGCAAAUGGAAUAGACAACCAGGUCAACCCAGCAGCAGGACUGCUACCUCCGCCUUUGUGCAAGGAGGAGCAGGAGGAGCACUGCCAGAGCCCUGCAAAAUGACCUCCAGCAGGCCACAAAUGUGCAUGUGUCUGCUCAAACGGUCAGAAACAGACUCCAUGAGGGUGGUAUGAGGGCCCGACGUCCACAGGUGGGGGUUGUGCUUACAGCCCAACACCGUGCAGGACGUUUGGCAUUUGCCAGAGAACACCAAGAUUGGCAAAUUCGCCACUGGCGCCCUGUGCUCUUCACAGAUGAAAGCAGGUUCACACUGAGCACAUGUGACAAACGUGACAGAGUCUGGAGACGCCGUGGAGAACGUUCUGCUGCCUGCAACAUCCUCCAGCAUGACCGGUUUGGCGGUGGGUCAGUCAUGGUGUGGGGUGGCAUUUCUUUGGGGGGCCGCACAGCCCUCCAUGUGCUCGCCAGAGGUAGCCUGACUGCCAUUAGGUACCGAGAUGAGAUCCUCAGACCCCUUGUGAGACCAACGUUCCCCAGAUCUGAAUCCAAUUGAGCACAUCUGGGACAUCAUGUCUCGCUCCAUCCACCAAUGCCACGUUGCACCACAGACUGUCCAGGAGUUGGCGGAUGCUUUAGUCCAGGUCUAGGAGGAGAUCCCUCAGGAGACCAUCCGCCACCUCACCAGGAGCAUGCCCAGGUGUUGUAGGGAGGUCAUACAGGCACGUGGAGGCUACACACACUACUGAGCCUCAUUUUGACUUGUUUUAAGGACAUUACAUCAAUGUUGGAUCAGCCUGUAGUGUGGUUUUCCACUUUAAUUUUGAGGGUGACUACAAAUCCAGACCUCCAUGGGUUGAUAAAUUUGAUUUCCAUUGAAAAAUUUUGUGUGAUUUUGUUGUCAGCACAUUCAACUAUGUAAAGAAAAAAGUAUUUAAUAAGAUUAUUUAAUUCAUUCAGAUCUAGGAUGUGUUAUUUUAGUGUUCCCUUAAUUUUUUUGAGCAGUGUAUAUGCCUGUGAUCAAAAUCAGCACAGGGUAGGCAUACAGUGAGUAUUUGAUCCCCUGCUGAUUUUGUACGUUUGCCCACUGACAAAGACAUGAUCAGUCUAUAAUUGUAAUGAUACGUUUAUUUGAACAGUGAGAGACAGAAUAACACCAAAAAAUCCAGGAAAACGCAUGUCAAAAAUGUUAUACAUUUGAUUUGCAUUUGCAUGAGGGAAAUAAGUAUUUGACCCCCUCUCAAUCAGAAAGGUUUCUGGCUCCCAGGUGUCUUUUAUACAGGUAGCGAGCUGAGAUUAGGAGCACACUCUUAAAGGGAGUGCUCCUAAUCUCAGUUUUUUACCUGUAUAAAAGACACCUGUCCACAGAAGCAAUCAAUCAAUCAGAUUCCAAACUCUCCACCAUGGCCAAGACCAAAGAGCUCUCCAAGGAUGUCAGGGACAAGAUUGUAGACCUACACAAGGCUGGAAUGGGCUACAAGACCAUCGCCAAGCAGCUUGGUGAGAAGGUGACAACAGUUGGUGCGAUUAUUUGCAAAUGGAAGAAACACAAAAUAACUGUCAAUCUCCCUCGGCCUGGGGCUCCAUGCAAGAUCUCACCUCGUGGAGUUGCAAUGAUCAUGAGAACGGUGAGGAAUCAGCCCAUAACUACACGGGAGGAUCUUGUCAAUGAUCUCAAGGCAGCUGGGACCAUAGUCACCAAGAAAACAAUUGGUAACACACUAAGACGUGAAGGACUGAAAUCCUGCAGCGCCCGCAGGGUCCCCCUGCUCAAGAAAGCACAUAUACAGGGCCGUCUGAACUUUGCCAAUGAACAUCUGAAUGAUUCAGAGGAGAACUGGGUGAAAGUGUUGUGGUCAGAUGAGACCAAAAUGGAGCUCUUUGGCAUCAACUCAACUCGCCGUGUUUGGAGGAGGAGGCAUAUAACCCCAAGAACACCAUCCCCACCGUCAAACAUGGAGGUGGAAACAUUAUGCUUUGGGGGUGUUUUUCUGCUAAGGGGACAGGACAACUUCACUGCAUCAAAGGGACGAUGGACGGGGCCAUCUACCAUCAAAUCUUGGGUGAGAACCUCCUUCCCUCAGCCAGGGCAUUGAAAAUGGGUUUUGGAUGGGUAUUCCAGCAUGACAAUGACCCAAAACACAUGGCCAAGGCAACAAAGGAGUGGCUCAAGAAGAAGCACAUUAAGGUCUUGGAGUGGCCUAACCAGUCUCCAGACCUUAAUCCCAUAGAAAAUCUGUGGAGGGAGCUGAAGGUUUGAGUUGCCAAACGUCAGGCUCGAAACCUUAAUGACUUGGAGAAGAUCUGCAAAGAGGAGUGGGACAAAUUCCCUCCUGAGAUGUGUGUAAACCUGGUGGCCAACUACAAGAAACGUCUGACCUCUGAUUGCCAACAAGGGUUUUGCCACCAAGUACUAAGUCAUGUUUUGCAGAUGGGUCAAAUACUUAUUUCCCUCAUUUGACGCGCUAUGACGCUGUUGACACUCGCGGCCCAUCUGUUUGUUCUCAGUCACUAAUUCCAGUGUGUUCACGGGCGUAAUUGAGUUUGAGUGGCAUCAUACAGUGCAUUCGGAAAGUAUUCAGACCCCUUCACUUUUUCCACAUUUUGUUACGUUACAGCCUUAUUCUAAAAUGGAUUAAAUUAAUUGUUUUCCUCAUUUAUCUACACACAAUAACCCAUUAUGACAAAGCGAAAACCGGUUGUUAGAAAUGUUUGCAAAUUUAUAAAAAUGUACUUAAGUAUUCAGACCUUUUGGUAUGAGACUUGAAAUUGAGCUCAGGUGCAUCCUGUUUCCAUUGAUCAUCCUUGAGAUGUUUCUACAACUUGAUUGGAGUCCACCUGUGGUAAAUUAAAUUGAUUGGACAUGAUUUCGAAAGGCACACACCUGUCUAUAUAAGGUUCCACAGUUGACAGUGCAUGUCAGAGCAAAAUCCAAACCAUGAGGUGGAAGGAAUUGUUCGUAGAGCUCCGAUACAGGAUUGUGUCGGUGAAGCAUGGUUGUGGUAGCAUCAUGCUGUGGGGAUGUUUUUCAGCGGCAGGGACUGGGAGACUAGUCAGGAUCAAGGGGAAGAUGAACGGAGCAAUGUACAGAGAGAUCCUUGAUGAAAACCUGCUCCAGAGCACUCAGGACCUCAACCUGGGGCAAAGGUUCACCUUCCAACAGGACAACGACCCUAAGCACACAGCCAAGACAACGCAGGAGUGGCUUCAGGACAGGUCUCUGAAUGUCCUUGAGUGGCCCAGCCAGAGUCCGAACCCAAUCAAACAUCUCUGGAAAGACCUGGAUAUAGCUGUGCAGCGACACUCUCCAUCCAACCUUGACAGAGCUUGAGAGGAUCUGCAGAGAAGAAUGGGAGAACCUCCCCAAAUACAGGUGUGCCAAGCUUGUAGCGUCAUACCCAAGAAGAUUCGAGGCUGUAAUCGCUGCCAAAGGUGCUUGAACAAAGUGCUGAGUAAAGGGUCUGAAUACUUAUGUAAAUGUAGUAGUUUUUUUUUUGGUAUUAAUAUACAUUUGCAAAAAUGUCUAAACCUGUUUUUUCUUUGUCAUUAUGGGGUAUUGUGUGUACAUUGAGGAGGGAAAAAACAAUUUAAUCAAUUUUAUAAGGCUGUAAUGUAACAAAAUGUGAAACAAGUCAAGGGGUCUGAAUACUUUCCGAAUGCACUGUAUAUUAUCCCAUUUGCACAAGGCUACUACAAUCCCACUUUUGCUUUUGCAUUCUUGCAAUGCAAUACUUCAACCAUUAGAAACUGUGUGCGCAUGGUCUAAAGUUUGUGGGACGAUUCUCACGUCAACUUCAGUUUUUAUGAAUGCCAACUUUUGCGUGAACUGGCACACGCAUGUUUUGGUGCAUAUUUUGUGCGUACGCAACAUUUAUAAAUGAGGCCCCAGGUACUGACUUCUGAUUUUGUCUACAGAGUGAGCUACAGGAAUGCCAAAGCAACAUGGGAGAGCUGGAGUCUGAGCUUCAGAAAGCCAACAACGAGGCAUACAACACUGGACACCAGCUCACCCAACUGUCCCUCAAGGUGAGAUUACCAACACAAAACUAUUGCCAUUAUUAAGCAUAUUAAACUACCAGUCAUUUCAUACCUCUGUUUAUUUCGUAGUCCUCAAAGAGAAAAGAGCUUAUCUUAAAGCUAGAGGAAAGGUAGUUAUAGGCUAGUCGAGCAAAAUAAAAAAACAUUCUAUUGGUCAGUGUAUUUCAACAAACAAAACAAAAAAAGUAAUAUGCUCCCAAAAAAUCUUUCCUUUUCUCUUCCCCUGUUCAGCUCACCAACAGUGAGAACCUCCAGCAGCAGAUGUACCUGUUGAACAAACAGCUUCUGUUGCUGGGAGAGACCAACAAGCUGGCAAUACAGGAGGUGCAACGUCUGGGACCGGAGAGCAGCAAGGUAGAGGUCACCCCCCCCAAUAUUCAAUACCAAGUAGACCAGGGCCACAAACAACCCAAAGCGCAGUGUUUCCCCAAUGCUGGUCCUGGGGACCCAAAGGGGUGCACAUUUUUUGUCUUUGCCGUAGCACUUAUAUUCAACUCGUCAAGCCUAGUUGAAUCAGGUGUGUAAAUCUGAAACUAUUGGAUAGGCAUACUAUGGUAGUAACUCCCACUUACCCUCUGAAAGGUGAGGUGGAAUUAUUUUUGCCAUAUUGCUUAUGCCUACCCAAACAUUUAAGAUCUACACAAGUGGCUAAGCGUUGUUUCUGGACCGGACCCAAACUCUUCAUAUCAACGAUCAUAUCACUUGUAUCCCUCUUUAUAACGGUUUCUUGACAUAUUUAUCUUUUGGCCAAGUCAGCUCUUGUACCAUAGACCAGUGUUUCCCAAUCCUUGUCCUGGGGACCCAAAGGGGUGCACAUUUUAGUUUUUGUCCUAGCACUAACAAAACUGAUUCAAAUAAUGAAAGACUUGAUGAUGAGUUGAUUCAUUGAAUCAAGUGUGUUAGUGCUAGGUCAAAAAGUAAGAUGUGACCGACCGGCUCGAUUCGGUCUUAUGUAGCAAAAUUUGAAAUUGUGUUUUUUACAUUGGAUAAAAGUAGAGACUCAGAGCUAGAAAAUUGUAUAUCAUACACUACAGUUAAGGAACAAUGGGAAAGUAAUUCUGCUUUGAAAGUUGAUAAACCUGUAACCUCACUUUUGAGAAAAUGACCCUUGAAUGUUUUGGUACACCCACUGGAGAGCUCUUCUUUGUCUACACCCAUUCAGCAUUGUUCAUACCCUCUUAAGCUUUAGCCCCACCCAUCUCUUUAAGGAUUCACAUGUGAGGCCAUGUACUAAACAACCAAAGAUUUCAAGACUAAAGGCUGGUUUAUACUAUGGGUGUGUUUGUAAAUUUAAUCUGGAGUAUCAGAGUGCUCAGAGUGCGCUCUGGGCGUUCGUAAACUCAGAGCGUUGUCAGAUUGUUCAUUCGUAAAUUCAGAGCGGUUCGCUCUCGGAGCAAUCAGAGUGCACACCUGACGCUGUGGCUGAGGAGUAGGGUUGAUCCGAGCGUUCUGGCCUAACAGCAGUCAAGCUAACUGGCUAAAGUUGACUAGCUUGCUAGCUACUUUCCAGACACAAAUGAGAGAACAGCUCACUGACCAUUUUGCUUGCCCUAGCAGAGCUGGUUAGGCUGUUUCUAUGUUAUCCAGAGCGUUGGUGACUGCAACUGCUGCUGGCAAUAAUUUAAUGACGUGUUUUUUGCCAACGUUUACUGACACCAGCCAUAUUCAACGUGUGUUGAGCGUUCGUAAAUCUGUCAGUUAUUCUGCGCUCUGGCACACUCAGACGAGAGUGCUCUGAAAUCGGAGUAGAUAGCCAGAGUGAAUUUACCAGCUACGUCUAUCGACAGUUGUCGCAGUUACAACAUGAACAUUCUAUUGAAAUGGUUACAUGCAUAGAGGAGUCUUUUUUUGUUUUGACAUGUAGCUAGCUCGCUAGACAAUUAACCAUAAUCCUUACUACACAAUAAUAUUACUACACAGAUCAUACACGUAAUGUUAGCUAGUGAGCCAGCCAAAAUUAGAAACGUAUAUCUAAAAAUGUAGCUAGCUAGAUUAUCUUACCCGUAUACAUAGAUGGACGCUUUUCCCUCUCUGUCACGGAUGCCAUGGUUGCCCUUAGUUUGAAGAUGUAAUCCGGAGACAGGUGUUUUCUCCAUCUCUUUAGCUAUCAUACUCUAAUUCCACUGAUUUCAAAACUCGGUCCUCCCAGAAAUUGGAGAGCAAUACUCAUGCAGUUCUACUAGGUGAUAUCUUUAAAAAAAGCUGCGUUAGAAAGGAUUACCUACACAUACUGACCAGCUCAUGUUAUAGACAGAAGCGUGCUACAUGGCAGACCAAUCCGAACUCAUCUCUCGGCAUGUCCAGCCCACUCAUUAUCUCAGCCAAUCAAGGCUAGCGAGAAGGUUGCUGUCUUUUUCCGUGGCUAAACCAACUAAUCUCGUAGUUUAACAAUUGUAUUCUUAUUUACAGAUGGCAUACAAGUAUGUUAUUAAGGCACAUGAAAGUUCACGUUAGAGAAGGCAUUUCUGUCAAAAAACCAUUUUGAUUUUAAAAAAAAGUUUACGUUCAAGUGGCUCUCCUGUGAAGUAGUGACGCGCGACAUACACCUAGUUUCCUGAAACGAGUCACAAAUGUGCACCCCUUUGGGUCCCCAUUUCCUGGUCCUGUGCGUGCGUUGCUGCAGGAGCUGCGGAUGCUGCAGUCAACCAUGGGCAAGGAGCAGGAGCGUCUGCGUCAGAGCAUGGUGCAGCAGAGACAGGGAUUGGAGGCGGCCCAGCAGCGCAUCGGAGACCUGGAGGCCCAGCUGGCGAAGAAGGACCACCUCAUUCUGGAGCAGAAGAAGUUCCUGGAGGAAGUCAAAGGCCAGACCAAGUAAGGGCCCAACUCCACUCCACAUUAUGUAUUAAUUAUUUUUCAGAGAUUGAAUUUAGAGUGGGGGCUAGAUUUGAGAGGGGAGAACAGGUAGGAAAUGGUGGGGAGGCUGGAUUCAACCGACAUCAGCUACGUGCUUGGUUCCUGUACUCAACUCUUAUUAUUCAAUCAUUCCACAAUGGAUGGACUGUAUCGUGUAGUCUUUCACCCCUGUGAACUUUUACAUUUUAAAGGUGUGUGUGUCUGUCUGUGUGUCACCCCAGGGGCCAGCUGCAGGCGUCGGAGAGCAGGUACCUGGCCCUGCGACGGGUCACCCAGGUGCUGCAGACGGAGAUGCUGCAGCUCUACAGCCAGCUGGAUGCCGAGAUGCUGACCACCAACCAGAGUCUCUCAGAGUCUGACGCCAUCGAGCCCUCCAGCGCUCCUCCUCCCGGCACAUCCAGGUGAGACCCAGCACCUCCUUUGAUCCCUUUCUCACAGUGUGAGGGAUGGCUCCAGCUCCCACAGUGUGGAGAUAACACCCAAGGGACUUCAAAGUGUAGUUACGCAAUAUAGACAAAAUGCUGCUGGUGGUUUUUUUUGUACAAUAAAUGUCCUCUCUCUGGGACAAAGUUAAAUUAUAUAACCAUGCUGAGUGCUACUAGCAGGAGAUGUUCUUUUAGCUGGGCUAUACCCAGUGCAGUGCAAUUUGAAUUUAUUUGAGCCAUCUCAUCAUUACUACACUCCAGAAAUACAGUACUAUUGAAACCAACGCAGUCAGGAUUAGGGGUGUGAACGCGUUAAACUAAAUUGGGAUCCUUAAUAUUAAGAAGAAUUGAUAUCACAGUGCAGCUGGCUCGCCUGCUCUUUCUCUUAGCUAAUGAUGCGAGUGUGUGUUCAAUCUUCGGUCUGCUGCGUGUAGAAUAUUCCAGCCUAUUUCUUGAUGAUAGGCCCUGCUUUACUGAAGUUGCGAGCCAUUGCAAGCCAAGAAAUUGCGAUGCCCCUCUCUCCGUCCCUCACUAGCUCGCUAUGAAAGAUGCAAGUGUUUGUGUUCUCAGAAGUACGCCAACUAAUCAGUCUCCUCCGUGCCAAAAAUACUGAAUCUUAGGAGUCGAUUCCUAGCGGAAGAUGUUUUCUUUCUACAAAAUGGCUUUCUUUUUUAGGAGAGCAUGGCCUGCAGCAGGCGGUUUAAGAUUAUGUGAUGGACGUUAGUCCCUGCUUCAGAAGCGGCAUUCCUUUACUGACAAGUAAAAUGCCCGUUAAGUGGUGCUUCGAAACUUAUCUCCAGAGAAGGUUUUGUUUCGGCAUUUAAAAAGCUGUAGUGUACCCUUGGACAAACAAACAUGCCGUAGCCGUGGUGCUUUCAAGGUUUAUAUGACUGCGGUAGAUGUAACUUAAUUGCCUGGCCAUAGUGGAUAUACAUAAGUAAUAGGACCAUUAUUCUGCAUUGUAAGUUGACGUCUAUUUUAUUUUUCUUAUUGUUUUAACAGAAAACCGAUACAUGGCUGUUUAAACGUUUAGCAAAAUUGUCAAUUUGUCACAUUCCUAGUCAGGAUAACGGAGAGGAUAUUAGCCUGUACAUAAAUUAAAAGUAGGGACUAUGGACUAAUCCCAGAGAGAUACAGCUCUUGAACAGAAUGUGUUGAUUCAUCUAGUGAAGCUGAAGACCAAUGUAAAAAGAUGAACAAUAGUGUGUCUCUGUGUGUUUGCUAGGCCAAAUGGCAGCAGUAGCAGAACUGUGCCAACUGCUCAGGGCAGCGCUGACCGAGGCACCCAAGCGUGGCCGCCUGGCAACGGAAGCACUUUACCCCCCGGGGGUGGCGCUCAGUCCACCACCACGGUGACCCUCAACGGCAGUCUGCAACAGCCCCCUCUCCUGUCAGAGAUGUCCCCGACCCACCUGGCCGCCUCUCCACUUUCCUUCUCCCCGGUUGACACCCCCUUAACUGUGGGCUCCUACCCCAGUGCCAAGAGCUUCCUAGGCAUGCACACCCGAGAGCUGUUCCGCAACAAAAGCGAGAGCCAGUGUGACGGGGAUGAAGGCACCCAGCUCAGUAGUCUCUCUCAGGGCCUGGUCGCCAGUGAGGAGAGCAGCGAGUCGACAGAGAACGUCCAGUCCAGCCCAUUUCCUCCUCCCGCCACAGGCACCCCCCCUCAUUCCCAUCCUGCUGCUGCUCCUCCAUCACAGGGCUCUGCUCAGUCUGCUCUGGCCCAGGAGCCACCCCCGUCAGACAGCCAGCAGCUUAGGGCCCACCACGGGCAGGGGGCAAGGCCUAGGGCCAGCGCUGCCGCUGCCGCCCGCCAGAGGAGGAAGGACCUGCGGAUCAUGGACUACAAUGAAACACAGCAUGAGCACAUCUGACGACGAGAGAGGGAGGGGCGGGGCAACAGCUGCUGAUGAGCUGCCACUGUAACAACACACGUAAGGAAAUAUCUCUAAAUGCAGUGUUAUUUUCCCUGUGGUUGGCAGCGUUUAGGUUCUUACAAAAGCUCUAUUGUAAAAACAAGAAUAAAAAAAAUUACAAAAAUAAUCCCUAAGCAAGGGACAAUGAGCAAAUUAAUGUUAUUCAACUUUGCCCUUCUAAUUAGCUUUUGAAUGUAUUCCAUUAGGGUGAGCAAGAGUGAACAAAAAGUAUUCAACAGUGAACCUAACAUGGAUUCCUAAUGGCAAGUCCUAUCACACGGAAUUGGUCUGUUGGGUGUGUAAAUCUAUAUCUUGAGGCUACAUCGGUCUGUGUGAGCUUUGUGUGAGGUAAAACGAGCAAGAAUCUUUUAUGUUAGAUGUUUUAAUAAGCUAUUUAUUUAUGGUUUCGGCACACCCCAAUCUAGAAUGGCCUGAACGUUUCUGUCGGGUUCGGAGGGUCCUACUCACAAGUGCAAUACUUUUCUCAAAUGACACUUCAGGCCAAUGGAUUCAUGUUGUUUUUUUGCUGCUUGGUCAAAGGCCUCACAGCCUCAGCUUUUCAGAACACUUCCUGAGUUGUUCCAUCACAUUUCCCUCCCCAAAACACUGAGUGCUUCUUGUUUAACAUAUAUAGUUCUACAAAUAGGUACUUCAGUUAUUGCAAUAAUCAGUUGAUAUCAUUGAAGAAAUGAUACAACCAGGUAAAGAGAAGCUUAAAAAGGAUCAAGUAACUAUAUUUUAUUUUGUCUUGUUGAUAAAAUGGGCAUGAUCCCACCAUCCAAUGAAGUUUUACAGCAAUAAUGCAUCUUGCCUAGGUUCAAGCUAAAUCUCUAGCUCAGGUCUAGGUUGUUAGUAUGUGUUCCUGCAGUAACACCCUGGACCAGAGCUAGUUAAUUCUUAUACAUUCUCUUGUUCUGUGUGCCACUUUGCAUCCAUCUUGCUUUUUGGGGGUUUAUUGAUCAAGUUGAUGUGGAUCACUGCAUUAUUUUGUCUAGGCUAGAGGCCUGAGAGGACUGUGUUCUUUUGGAUAUUCAGUGCCUUGAUGGCUGCACACAACUGCCAGAACUUCUGUAGUGGGACUCUGAUGGCACUCUUGAUGUCUUGGCAUUGAAACUAUGCCAGGUAAAUAUCCCUCUUCAUAGAGGUCCUUCCUCACCCAAUGCCUUUAAAGUGAAUCAGGGGUCAUAUUGGAGUUCUAAACAUGGACCUAUUGUGAAUUGGUUUCUGUUGCCAUAUCAUUGUCAAUCGUCUAGGAUGACGAUCAUUCUUUUUCCAUCAUUUUUCCAUCCCCUACUCAGGUUAAGGGCUUGCAAGCUAGUCAGUUAAGUUGCAUAUCCAAUGAAAUCAGUAUUACCCAUCUCCAGCUGUUAUCCUCAAAGCAUGGUCUCUGUCCAAGAUCCUGGUGUCCAUUCAAGUGUUCCUUUUUUCCCCACAUCUUUUGUUAUCAAGCAUGUAAAUCAAUGUUAAACACCAUCGGAAUAAGGAAACUAUUGUACGGUGAAUCUGACAGUAUGUUAAGACAGUUCUCAUUACAAAUGUUCUGAUAAAAAAAAAGAAAUUGUUAACUGAACAAUAUAAAUC